AUGGACUACAUUAGCAAUUGUGUUUUCGUAGAUGAAGCCGCUUUCCACAUAAAUCUUAAGCGAUCUAUGGCAGCAAGGACCACAGCAACUUUGGAUGCAAUUUUACCGCCUGAGAUUUUAAAUAUUCAGCUGCAUCGACCCACAAUGCCAUUUAAGAAGAUAUUGGGUAGUAAUGUCUUGGCUUACCUUGAACGCCUUAAUAACCAUGAGGAGUUUAAAGAAGAUUAUAUUGUCAUGGAUAAUGUUCCGGUCCAUACUUCAAAAGUCAUAAAACGUUAUAUCACUAGUCGCGACUAUGGUUGUAUAUAUCUCCCUUCAUACUCUCCUGAGUUCAAUCCAAUUGAAGAAUUUUGGUCUAUUGUCAAAAUUAAACCUAAGAUAGAAAGUCUUGUUGGAAAAAGAGACGAUUUCCAGUAG